AUGGCCAAGGGACCCGAGCAGGGCGACGCCUUCCUGCGCCUCCCGGCCGCGCAGGCGGCGCCCGCCGAGGCGCAGGAGGAGCGCUACGCGGGGCUGCUGGGGCCAAGCUUGCUGCCCUGCGCCCGGGAGGCGCUGCCCGAGCCGCCGCUGCCCGCCGGCAUCAAGGCAGAAACACGCCUCGACAGCGAAACCCUCUCCUCGGAAGAAGAGGAUGCGGAUGCUCGCGACGGCACGCUGACAGCCGCCGACCAAAGCCCGUGUUCGAAAAGGAGCAUCACGCAGAUCAUGAAGGACAAGAAGAAGCAGACGCAGCUCACCCUGCAAUGGCUGGAAGAAAACUACAUUGUAUGUGAAGGAGUUUGUUUACCAAGAUGCAUCCUUUAUGCACAUUAUUUAGACUUCUGCAGAAAAGAGAAGCUGGAACCUGCCUGUGCUGCAACUUUUGGGAAGACCAUUCGCCAGAAAUUCCCUCUCCUGACCACAAGGCGGCUCGGAACAAGGGGCCACUCAAAAUAUCACUAUUAUGGAAUUGGCAUUAAAGAAAGCAGUGCAUAUUACCACUCUGUGUAUUCUGGAAAGGGCUUAACCAGGUUUUCUGGAAGCAAGCUAAAGAAUGAGGGUGGUUUUACUCGUAAAUAUUCUCUGAGUUCCAAAACUGGAACACUCCUCCCAGAGUUUCCAAGUGCUCAACACCUUUUGCUUCAAGGGUGCAUUUCUAAAGACAAGGUAGAUACUCUUAUCAUGAUGUACAAAACACAUUGUCAGUGUGUCCUUGACAAUGCAAUUAAUGGGAACUUUGAAGAGAUCCAGCAUUUCCUAUUACAUUUUUGGCAAGGAAUGCCUGACCAUCUUCUUCCUCUGCUUGAAAAUCCCAUCAUCAUUGACAUUUUCUGUGUCUGUGACUCAAUACUGUAUAAGGUUCUUACAGAUGUACUCAUCCCUGCAACAAUGCAAGAAAUGCCAGAAAGUUUACUGGCAGAUAUAAGAAGUUUUGCAAAAAACUGGGAACAGUGGGUUGCUUCCUCUUUGGAAAAUCUACCAGAAAGCCUGAUAGAUAAGAAAUUGCCUAUUGCACGAAGAUUUGUUUCCUCCCUGAAACGACAGACAUCAUUCCUACACCUAGCACAGAUUGCUCGGCCAGCUCUAUUUGAUCAGCAUGUGGUGAAUUCCAUGGUGUCAGAUAUUGAAAAAGUUGAUUUGAAUAGUAUUGGUUCUCAGGCCCUCCUUGCAGUUUCAGGGAGCACAGACUCUGAUGGGGAAGUUUACAGUGAAUAUGACUCUAUUACAGUGUUCCAAGAACUGAAGGACCUCCUAAAGAAGAAUGCCACUGUGGAAUCAUUUAUUGAAUGGUUGGAUACUGUGGUUGAGCAAAGGGUUAUCAAGGCAAGCAAGCAAAAUGGGAGGUCUUUAAAGAAGAGAGCUCAGGACUUCCUUCUGAAAUGGAGCUUUUUCGGUGCUCGAGUCAUGCAUAACCUAACUCUAAACAAUGCAUCAAGUUUUGGUUCUUUUCAUUUGAUCCGCAUGUUACUAGAUGAGUACAUCCUGCUUGCCAUGGAGACACAGUUCAAUAAUGACAAAGAACAAGAACUCCAGAAUCUACUGGACAAAUACAUGAAGAAUUUAGAUGCAAGCAAAGCCACCUUCACUGCAUCACCAAGCUCUUGCUUCCUAGCAAAUCGCAACAAAGCCGCUCCUCUGCCCAGUGACACUUCAGUCAAAAAUGAGUGCCUAGGAGAGCAAACCUACGUGCCCUUGUCAGCUGGCCAGCCCAGCAGUGCACCUUCUGGCCUCAACCCCUUCACCACAGGAGAUGGGGACAGUAUGCAGCUGACAGAUCAAAUGGAGCUGUCUCAAAGCACUGGUCACCUCAUGACUCCACCCAUUUCACCAGCCAUGGCCAGCCGAGGAAGUGUUAUCAACCAGGGGCCAAUGGCUGUGAGACCUCCCAGUGUAGAUCCCAUGUUAUCGACACAUUCACAGUGCUCUUCCUACUCAGAACCCCUUUAUCAGACUCUGUCACAGACUAAUCAGAAUUACUAUGGAAACAAUUCCAAUUACCAGGCUAUGUUCAGGACACAGGCCCAUUCCACUUCAGGAGUUUACGACCACAGAGCAGAGCCCAGCCGAUUCAAUGCCUUGAGUGAACAGCAGUUCUCCAGAGACUACUUCAGCAACAGUUGUGCUGUGUCUCCCUACAAUGCCAGAUCCCCUUCCAGCUAUUGUCCCUCCAACAUGUCUCAGGACACACACAAUAUGCAGUUUCUGAAUAGCGGGAGUUUCAAUUUCUUGAACAACUCAGUGUCUACAUGUCCAGGAGCAGCUUAUCCUGCUAACGCUUCCAAUGGAUAUUAUGGAAACAGCAUAAACUAUUCAGAAUCUCACAGACUUGGAACAAUGGUGGACCAACACGUUUCUGUAAUCAGCAGUGUCAGCAGUAUUCGGCCACUGCCAUCCUACAGUGAUGUACAUGAUCCACUGAAUAUCUUGGAUGACAGCAGAAGAAAACAAACAGGCUCCUGCUACUCAGAGUCUUCACCUUCAAUAGUCUGCCGGACCCCUAUGCCUUCAAACUUGCAAACCACAUCUUCAUCACAGUGUAUGUAUGGAACAUCUGGUCAGUUCCCUUCCCAGGAAAAUCUGGAGGUCCAUGCCCCACCAAGCAGAGAUAUGGUGCCAUCUUUACCACCAAUCAACACUGUCUUCAUGGGAGCAGCUGCUGGAGGAACCUAACUGAGAGAGACAUGUCUGUGCCCUAAGCUUUCUUUCCAAUCCCAGACAUUAAGGCUAUGAUGAUAAUUCCCUUCCAAGUUGGUGGAAGAUAAAAGUAGUACAUAUAGUGUUAAAGAAGCCAUUUUAGCAAUGUUAUCAGCCCUGCACACACAAAAAAUAGCGAUAUUUAGAUUGGGUCCUGCUUAUGAAUCUCUCAGGAUUGUUCUCACCACUAUAACUUUUCAGUCAG